CACGACGAUUGUUUGAGGUGGAGAUACACGCGGUCUGCCAUAUGGCUGCUUCUUGGUCUACUUGCCAUGUUGCAUUGGCCACUGAGUGAGGUCCACUCUUCCAAACAUUAGAAAGGCGCAGGAGAGCCUUCACUGGCAACAACCUCCCCGCACCAGCCAAAGGACAAAAUGCCAGACGCGAUCCUCGACGACAUUUCGCACCGCCGAUACAAUCCUCUUCGUGGCAGUUGGAUCCUGGUCUCUCCUCAUCGUACCAAGAGACCAUGGCAAGGCCAGCAGGAGAGUCCUGGAGUCAUCAACCUCCCUGUGUACGACCCUAAAUGCUACCUAUGUCCAGGAAACGCGAGGGCUUCAGGAGAUUCCAACCCGAAGUACGAGAACACCUACGUCUUCGUGAACGAUUUCAGCGCCGUGAAGGAAUCGCAAGAAGAUUACAAGUCGCCAGAUGAACUAGGAAGCCUAUCCGGCCUUCUGUUACAGGCUGAGCCAGUCAAGGGCAAAUGCUACGUCCUGACCUUCAGUGCCGCCCACAACAUCACGUUGGCAGACAUGUCCCCCGCCGAGAUUCUGCCAAUUGUGAAAACAUGGACAGAAAUCUACACGGCACAUUUGUCCCCCAAGUCACCGCUGGCUCCGCAGGCGAAACCGACUCAUCUGCCGCCGUCUAAUCCCCAUGCAAACGUCGGCCGACCCAAAGACCAGUACCGGUGGAUGCAGAUAUUCGAGAACAAAGGUGCCGCCAUGGGUUGCUCCAAUCCUCACCCACACGGGCAGAUCUGGACAACCACGUCUUUGCCCGAAGAGCCGGCAAUUGAGUUGGAGCAAUUGAGGAAAUACAAUCGUGAGCAAGGCGGCGGACACAUGUUGGUGGACUAUGCCCGUCUAGAACGAGAAAAGAAUGAGAGAGUCGUCUUUGAAAAUGAGACAUUCCUGGUUAUCUGUCCAUGGUGGGCGACCUGGCCGUUCGAGACCAUGAUUUUACCCGUCAAACACAUCCGCUCGCUUGUCGACAUGGACGAGAAGGAACAGAUGGACUUGGCGCAGGCAAUAGCAGAGAUCACUCGGCGAUACGACAAUCUCUUUGAAACGAGCUUUCCUUACAGUAUGGGUAUCCACCAGGCGCCGCUGGACGGCAGCGACGAGGAGAUAGAGUGCUCCAGUCUUCAUCUGCAUUUCUACCCUCCCCUCCUAAGGAGUGCAACUGUCAGGAAAUUUCUUGUCGGAUACGAGAUGCUGGGAGAGCCCCAGAGAGAUAUCACACCGGAACAAGCUACAGUCAGGCUGCAGAAGUGCGCGGGAGAGUUGUAUAGGAAGAAGCUCGGUAAGGAGGGAGAAGAGGUUGAAAAGCCGCCUGCGCCCGACAUGCCCACGACAGAGCCUAGCUCCUAAUACGGAUGAUAUCUUGAGGAACCCUCUACCUGACAUAGAAGCCAUAUUGUGCUGUGCUCCAGACCAGACCAAUCAGAGCAACAGUGACGGGAGCGAGCCAUGGUCCUGAUGGCGAACUGGUCUUGUACACAAAUGCCUCCAGGCUGAAGUGCACGAGUCCAACGACGUUGGUCAACAUCUGCAUCUGAAACCACGACGCCUCAUUGAUGUGAUAUGCGGCAAAAAUUCUGACGAUCCCCACUGCCAGUGUCCAGGUCCCGAAUGUUCUUGAGGAUAGAGGAGUUGCUGGGGAGCUCCCUUCCGGAGAGCUUUUGCCCUUGGUUUGCGUUGCCGAAGGCUGACCCGAGUACAGACGUCGCGUGUAGGAGAGGGUGUUGUAGCAUUGGAUGGCAUUUCCAAUCGCAGUGACGCCCACCUGAAUUCUCGGGUCAGUCGCAAGCAGUGUAGUUUGAGACCGCAGUUCAACUUACGAACAAAAUGUAGAGGGGGAGGUAUCCCUCUGACUGAGGAAGCAGAGACGCCAUUUCAAAGGCACCACAA